AUGAAAAAUGGCAUAAAUCAUAAUCUUGUAUAUAAGACAAAAUAAACACCGGUUAGGUGAUAAUUGUUUAAGCUUGUAUAGAUAAUAGCAGAAAUCAAUAUACAGAAUAAUUUUAGUUUACUGAUAGUAUAUUUAUUUAUUCUCAGGUUUUAACUGUAUAAACACAGUAUCUUUUUUUUUAGAAAGAAUGGCCCGUAUUAUUGCACAUGAUAUAAGUAAAAUGCCACGCACAAAGGAUAUUAAAAUACAAGAAGAUGUCACAUUUUUUCAAAUGGGUUUUUCUCAGAAAAUAUUAGAUGGAUUAGCUAAUUGUGGCUUUCUAAAGCCUUCACCAAUCCAGUUAAAAGCUAUUCCAUUAGGACGGUGUGGUUUUGAUUUAAUAAUGCGUGCUAAGUCUGGAACAGGAAAAACUUUAGUAUUUUCCAUCAUAGCACUUGAAAUGCUUGAUGUGGAAGUAUCAUCUGUACAAGCGUUAAUAUUAGCACCUACUAGAGAAAUUGCUGUACAAAUUUCAGAAGUUUUUUCAUCUGUAGGUUCUGAAAUAAAAGGUUUAAAAGUUCAAGUAUUUAUAGGAGGAACACCUAUAGAUAAUGAUAAAAAGAAGUUACAUAAUUGUCAUGUAGCUGUUGGUGCUCCAGGUAGAAUCAGACAUUUAAUUGAUAAAGGGCUUUUAAAUGUUGAAAAUGUUAGGUUGUUUGUUCUUGAUGAAGCAGACAAAUUAAUGGAAACCAGUUUUCAAAAAGAUAUUAAUUAUAUUUUUUCAAAAUUACCAUUAAAUAAACAAGUUAUAGCAUCCAGUGCUACUUAUUUUGGAGAUUUGGAAACCUUUUUACAAACGUAUAUGUGUUCUCCAAUUGUAACAUCCCCAGAUAAUGAUGAACCAAUCCUUGCUGGACUCAAACAGUUCGUAGCAGUUGUUCCUUUUCAUCCAAAUGCUAUGAGACAGGUCCAAAUAAAAGUAGAUGAACUUGUAAAAAUAUUUAACACUGUUCCAUUUAAACAAAGCUUAGUUUUUUCAAAUUAUCAGUCAAGGGCUCAAUCAGUAUGUAACAAAAUUAAUUCAAUGGGUUUUAGUGCAACUUAUAUAGCUGGAAAUCAAGAUAUGACAAAAAGACUUGAUGCGAUUAAUAAAUUAAAAACUUUUAAAUGUAGAAUAAUGAUAACAACUGAUUUAACUGCAAGAGGUAUAGAUGCAGAUAAUGUGAAUUUAGUAGUAAAUCUUGAUGUACCCAUAGAUGGUCCAACAUAUUUACAUAGAAUAGGAAGAGCUGGACGUUAUGGAUCUUAUGGUAUUUCUAUAACAAUAGUUGGCGAUAAUGAAGUUGAAACAUUUAGAGAAUUGUUAAAUUCUGUUGGUGGACCAAAUUUUGAUGUACUAAAACUUCCUGUAUCCUAUCCAAAUGACAUAUGGAGUACUUCCGAUACAUUGUUUGAAAAGCUGCAUGCAAGAUCUGAUGUUAACGAAAAUCAGUUUGAAAUUAAAUUUGAGGUUAACAGUACAAAUGAUUUACCUCUAGGCGCUGUUUACAGAGAAUUACAAAAUAACAUACAUGUAGAAGAUAGUGCAAGUACCGUUGAUAUAAAUAAGGAAAAUACAGAUAAUACGGAUAGUAUAGACAAAAAUGUUGAUAAUUUUCAGAAAAAUGCCUUUAAUUUAAAAGCUUCAUCUAAAUCUGGUAGAAUAAAAGUCAGCUCCUUAUUUGCACAAAACGUUAAUAAACUUAACGAAUCUGAAGAAAUUAAAGUCAAUAAGGAAGAUACCAUAACUAUAAAGUCAUACAGUUCAUCUAAACCUAAAGUUAUACACAAUUUUAAAUUACACUUUGAAUCAAAUAAUUUAUCUACAUGGGAAAAAGCUAAUAAAGAUACAUUAUUUAAAGUUGAUUUGACUGAUGUCCAAGAAGAUAAUUUAUGCAGUUCUGAUAUUGACAUUAUUACCGAACAUUUGGAGUACAACCGUUACGAUAAAAGUUUAAAAGAAAGUUCUUCACGUGAAAAUGAUACAAAGCUUCCUUCACAUUUUGAAAAUAUGAUUUCUAAAAAUGACACAGAAAAACCAAUAGCUUCAGCAUGGGAAGAUAAUAAUGUUACAAUUUCAAAUGAGAUACAAUAUUCUACAGAUGUUUACUGUUUAAAGGAAUUGAAACAUUAUGUCUCAGAACAAAUGGAACGUUUUAGCAAAUCUGAAAAUGAGUUACCUUCAAAUGAUGAAGAGACAUUAAUAAACGAAGCACUUGGAUGGAAACAAAUACUUGAAUUUGAAAUUAAAUUAUUAGAUACUACAAUGGAACUUAUGAAAGAAUCCGUUCAAAAAUUAGUGUAUCAAGAACAUAUUGAUAUGCUCAGAAUAUUUUACAAAAUACAGAAGCAUGCUAUUUUAUGUGUUUAUCCCGAAAUACGAAGCGAUGAUGAAAUAGAUGAUACUUAUUUGUAUUUUGGAAAUCCUUCAGGUGAAAAUUUAUUAACAAUGUUUAAAGAAAUAGAGGAUUUUAAAAGUUCUUAUCGAAUUCCUGGACAAAAAUUGAAUGCAUAUUUUCCAUAUCCGGUUGAAAAAGAUUCAUAUAUGCCAAAUCUUAUGAUAUUAAAAACAGAUUUAGAUAAUUAUCGUAAUUCGUUGAAAUAUUUGAACUCAGAUCCGUAUCCUAGAGAGAAGUUAUUGCAAAUAGUAAAUUAUGUAGCGUUUAUUAGUGAAAUUAAAAAACAUAACUUGAUAAAAAAGUUAAAAGCUCAGAGUUUAUCAUUUAAUGAAUUGCUAGCAACAAUCAAAGUUGAGUUAGGCAAGGAAUCAUUUGAAAAAGAAGGUCAAUUUACGGAUGAUAAUACAAGAGAUAUCGUGCAAGAUGAGUUACAUGCACAAAGUCACACUAACACAGAUGAGCAAAAUGAAAUAACUGAAGAAUAUGAUUCUAAUAAUUCAUUAACAAAUUCAGUACAGAAUGAUUAUAGUAAAAUACAAGAAUUAGCAUGUCACAGGCUGCAAAACAACACAUGUACUACUUCAAGUGAGAGUGAUGAUUUUCAGGAACAUAAAAUGAAUAGAAAGGUAUAUUCAAAAAGUAAAUUUCAUAGAUGGAAAAAGAAUGAAACACAAGUGAAUCCUGUUAAAGAAACAGAAAAAUCUUCAUACAAAAUUCCAACAAAUAAUAAUCUUGAUGAUGUUGAUAGAUUAUGCAAUAAUACUGAUUCAUAUGAAAAAAAAUCAAACGCAGAGUUAAAUUCAUAUGCAGGUAAUAGGCAAAGUAGCAAGCAUAAACAUAAAUCGGAAUCUUGUACACAUGAUACAUUGAACAGCUAUAAAACUGUUUCUGCACGUUCAACAAGAAAGGUGAAAUCCCACAAGCAUUUGGAUGAUGAACAUUUAAAGGAUUUAACUAAUGUAUAUAAUACUGAUUAUGCACAGCAAUCCAAACAAGGUGAACCUCUAAAUCCACAAUAUCAUAUUCCUUUAUAUAAUUACAUACAUAAUAUUCCUUCUUCUUCUCAAAUAGAAAACUAUACAUAUUUUCCUAGUAACUUUUAUCCAGAAAAUAAAACUAACUUCUAUUAUCCCUUAGAUAAAAAUGUUAAUAAAUGUGAUACAAAUAUUGAUCAGUUUUUAUCAUCCUUAAGAGCUGAGACUGAUCUGUUACAUUUAGAACUUUAUACGUCGGAAAUGCUCUCUAAUUGGACAAAAGAUUAUAAUUAAAGCUGAUAGUAUAAGGUAAAUUUAAGUUAUAAUUUUAAAUUAAUAAUAUUGAAUAGUUCCUAUGGUGAAAUUUAAUUAAACUUUUUACAAUAUGUAUAAUAUUCAAUUUGUGACUGCCAAUCAAUUUUUGAUUAACGAUUCGUCGUAAUUAAAGAUUAGCAGUGUACAUUUGUAAUGAUAUAAAUAGUGCUAGAAUGUUUUAAUAUUAUAAAUGUGUAUAGGUCUGCGUUUUGUAAUAA